AUGCCCCUCUGCAUUCCCCAACCCGCUGCACUGCCCCUGUCCUGGCGCGCGCCUCUCGCGUAUGGGCCGCGCGCCGCCGCGGAGGAGAGGGCAGGCGGGGAAACCGCGAAAGGGGAGGCGGGCGCGGAGAAUGCGAGCGCUGGCGGCGGCGGCGGCGGCGGCGUCAUCGACCUGAAGCGGUGGAUGGAGCAGCGCGUGCGCGCCACGGGCAUCGAGCCCUUUCCAUCACUGCACGGCGCGUUCCCCCCGUCCUCGCGCGUGCACUCCCCCGAAUCUCCCCCUGAAUACCUCGACUCGGGGUGGAUAAGAGAACCGCCCCGCGGCAGAGAGGGCAGGGAGGGGAAGGAGGGGAAAGAGGUCAGGCAGGGGAGGGAGGGCAGAGAGGGUAAGGAGGGCAGGGAGGGGAGGCAGGCGAAGGGGGUGAAGGAGGCGAGGGAGCUUUCUGCGAGGCCGCCGGUGGCGAAGAGGGCGGGGCGCGGGGCGAGCAGCAAGUUCGCGCGGCUGUCGCACGCGGAGUGGGAGGCGCAGGCCAUGGCCAUGGUGGCGCAGAAGAAGCGCCUCCUGCUCGCCGCGCGCUCCCGGGACGAGCGGGGGGGCGCGGGGAAGGAGCGGGAGAAGAAGGACAGGCGCGCUGCAGGCGGCGGGAAGGAGGCGGGCAGUGGGGUGGCGGGGAAGGCAAGUGGCGCGGGCGGAGCGCGCGAAAGGGAGGGCGGUGCGCGGCACGUGCAGCUGCUGCCGCCGCCGCGGCUGUCAGCGCGGCCUGCGGGGGAAGAUGGGGGGGAGAGUGAGGUGGAGGGUGGGCGGGGCGAGAGCAGCGCAGCCGCCACUCCCCGCCCAUCCGCACUCCCCCUCCCCCAGCACCUCGUUUCAAGCGCCGCUGCCCCCCCGCUGUCCCCCGCAGGCAGCAGGGAAGCGGUAGAGGAGGGGAGGCUGUUAGGGGGAGGCGCAGGAGGGGCGAGAGGGGACGGGACGGGGGAAGCGAUGGUGGGCGAGGCGGGGGAGAGGGAUGAGGAGGAAGGCGAGAGCAGCAGCAUGGUCCAUGUGUGGGCAGGCGGGCAUCGGCUGCGGGAGUGGCAGGGACGCAGCGGUGCGAGGGGCGACGAGGAGGGCCGUGCACGCAGGAGUGAGGGGAUGAGUGACGGCGGUAGUGAGUCGAGUGGCGGCAUGACAAGCAGCGGCGAGGGCGAGGGCGAGGGGUGGCAUGCGUCCGCCUUGAUGCAGCUGGGUGGGCUGGCGGGUGGGGUGAGUGUGGCGGGUGGGGUGAGUGUGGCGGGUGGGGUGAGCGUGGCGGGUGGGGUGAGUGUGGCGGGUGGGGUGAGUGUGGCGGGUGGGCCUGUGCGGGUGACGGAGCCGGCGUCGAGGAGGGAGGCGGUGAGGAGGGCGAGGCAGGCGGCGCUGGUGGCGUGUCUGCUGGAGGAGGGCUUCCGCCCGCCCGACCUGCUGCGCUUCGCCUCCACCCGCCGCGCCUUGCUCACCACGUCCCCCACUCUGGCACAGGAGCGCAUGGCCUAUCUGCGGGCCAUCGGGCUGCCAGACGCUGAUGUGCCGCGCCUCGUAGCGCGCUGGCCCAAGCUGCUCACCUACCGCGUCGACACGCGCAUGGCGCCACGUGUCGACUUCCUAUUGGCCCUUGGCGUGCCACAAGACCGCGUGGCACGUGUGAUCCAGCUGGCACCCGGCAUCUUCGAGUGCAGUGUGGACCGCGCCAUCCGCCCGCGCAUCCGCUUCCUACAGAAUGCGCUGCAGCUGAGCGACGAGGACGUGGUGAAGGUGGUGCUGCGCAGCCCGCAGGUGCUGACGCAGAGCGUGCAGAGCGGCCUCGUGCCGCGCCUGCACUACUUCCUGCACGACCUCGCGCUGCCCCUUCCCUCCCUCGCCUCCAUGGUCGUGCGCCAUCCACAGCUGCUGCACUACUCAUUGGAGGAUGCGGUGCGCCCGCGGGUGGCAUUCCUCAGAAGCAUCGGCCUCUCCAGCCGGGAUGUCGCUCACGUGCUCUUCCGCCUGCCCCAGAUCCUCUCCCUCUCAGUGCGCAACUGCCUGGCGCCCAAGUACGACUACCUCAUCCACCACCUGGGCGGCUCGCCCAACUCCAUAGUCUCCUUCCCCGCCUACUUCUCCCUCUCCCUGCAUGCCCGCAUCCGCCCGCGCCACCUCUUCUACCUGCGCUGCCGAGCCACCUCCUCACCUGCCGCCGACCCUCUUCUGCCGUCUCUUCUGGCCGCGCCAUCAGCUAACGACCCUUCCACCUCGCCCCGUGCUGCCACCUCCUCAUCUCCUGCCGCUCCCACCUCCCUGUCCGCGCUGCCACUGCCCACAUCUCUCAUGCCACCACCGCCGGCCCCGCACCCAGCCCAACCCGCCCACCCCUUCGCCUUUCUCUCAUCCGCCCGGCCCUUCUCAGAGCCCUCCUCUCCGCCUCCCCCACCCCAAGCGCCGCUGCCCUCCACGGCGUUCCCUUUGAGCCUGCUGACUCCCACGGACGAGGCCUUCUGCAGGCGCCUGGGGCUGCCCAACGACCUCCAGUACCAGGCCUUCAAACUCGCCCUCGCCUCCCCUGCUGCCCCGCCACCCCAGGCAACUCAGGGUCCACUCGUGCAUGCUUCUGCUGCACUGCCGCCUGCAGCAGCACAACCAGCAGCAGGGGUGUUGAGGAGAGGGAAAGGAGGGCCCGUCACACAUCUGACAUCACCUGCCGGAGGAGAAAGCACAAGAGAAUCGACGGUCCAGGGGAGUUGA